AUGGCGGAGAAUGGGGAUUUGCAGCAAGAAAUCCUCCAAAAGACUCUACAAGAGGUAGCCCAUGAAGAAGCGGAAGGAGAUCCCUGUGUGAUCUGCUUGGAGACCAUUACGGAACCAAGCAUUGCAAAGCCAUGCAACCAUGCCAACUUUGACUACUUGUGUCUAGUCAGCUGGCUCGAGCAGCAGCCAAGCUGCCCUUUAUGUAAGACUCUGCUUACUGAAGUUCAAUAUGACCUGCAAGCUCCGAGCGGCCGGAAAACAUACCAAAUCCCCCUCGAACAAACCGAGAAACCAGCGCGAGGCUCCGAUCCAAGACAUGGAGCAUUCCCUGGACGUCCACGAGAACGAGGCCGACGGCCGCAUCUUCAUACUCGAGAGCACCAGCCUCCACAGGAGGAUCCGUUGUCAGUGCGCCGGAAUGUCUAUCGCAACCAAUUGUACUCCCUCCGCGUCGGAACAAACCGCCUUUCACAAUACAGCGAAGUGACUCCACAACAGUUCAAUAGAGACGAAACCCUCGCCUCCAGGGCUCGGAAGUGGAUCCGUUGGGGAGCUACAAAGAUGGAGGCAGAGCAGCCACGAGAUCGAGACCGCGUGCCUCGCCCGGGCCAUCAGCGACUCGAAGACCGCAGGGCUAACAAUGCCGAGUUCCUGCUCGAGUAUAUUAUUGCUAUUUUGCGCACAGUCGACAUCAAGGGCAGUGCGGGACAGGCAGAGGAGCUGCUACGGGACUUUAUAGGCCGCGAUAAUGCUCGGUUAUUCCUGCAUGAGCUGCUCGCCUGGCUAAGGAGCCCUUAUACGUCGCUAGAGAAUUGGGACCGCCACGUCCAAUAUCCGGAGACCCAUAGGAGACUCCGUAACUAUAACGAAGACGGUCGUGGUUGCCGAUCCUCCCCGUCCCGUGCUCGAAGCGCAUCACCUGCGCGACAGGAGCCUGAUAGGAGUCUUUUUGACCGUGUUUCAAGGCCUGGUCGCGGCCAGAGUGGCUCGCGAAGGUCACGAGGGGGGCGUUCUAACCGCCAUUCUGGAAUGCCUCGGAAUUUGUUAGAUCGUUACAUUCCAGAUUAA